CCACCGUAGAAGCCCUCGGGCCGCCGCCAGGACGGAAGCCGGGGAGGUUGGAGAGUGACUACGGGCUGCGGCAGCCUUAGCGCCUGCUCUCUGCGCGGGCCCCCGGGAUGGCGGCAGCAGCUGCGGCGAUGGCCGAGCAGGACAGCGCCCGGAACAGCGCCCGGAACCGGGGCGGGGUCCAGCGGGUGGAGGGCAAGCUCCGCGCCAGUGUCGAGAAGGGCGAGUACUAUGAGGCGCAUCAAAUGUACCGGACCCUGUUCUUCAGGUACAUGUCACAAGGCAAACACAUAGAAGCAAGAGAACUAAUGUACUCAGGGGCAUUGUUGUUCUUCAGUCACAGUCAACAAAACAGUGCUGCCGAUCUUUCCAUGCUGGUUUUAGAAUCCUUGGAGAUAUCAGAUGCGAAAGUAACUGACGAGCUAUUGGAAAAUUUGGCUAAAGUGUUUAGUUUGAUGGAUCCAAAUUCUCCAGAAAGAGUGGCAUUUGUAUCCAGAGCACUGAAAUGGUCCAGUGGUGGAUCAGGGAAAUUGGGUCAUCCAAAACUACACCAGUUAUUGGCUAUCACGCUAUGGAAAGAACAGAAUUAUUGUGAGUCUCGGUAUCAUUUUCUGCACUCCACAGAUGGAGAAGGAUGUGCAAAUAUGUUAGUAGAAUAUUCUGCCUCUCGAGGAUAUCGCAGUGAGGUGGACAUGUUUGUAGCACAGGCGGUCUUACAGUUUCUCUGUUUAAAAAAUAAAAGCAGUGCUUCAGUGGUAUUCACAACAUAUACACAGAAACAUCCUUCAAUACAGAAGGGACCUCCAUUUGUACAGCCCUUGCUCAACUUUAUCUGGUUUCUGCUGCUGGCUGUUGAAGGAGGCAAACUAACUGUAUUUACAGUAUUAUGUGAGCAGUAUCAGCCCUCACUCAAGAGAGAUCCUAUGUACAAUGAGUAUCUCGAUAGAAUAGGACAGCUCUUUUUUGGAGUACCACCCAAGCAGACGUCAUCCUAUGGAGGCUUAUUAGGGAACCUUUUGAACAGUCUUAUGGGAUCAGGGGAGGAAGAGGAUGCAGAAGAUGGUCAAGAAGAUAGCAGUCCUAUUGAACUCGAUUGAAAACUUUUUUCACUAGGAACUGCAUGAAUCAGACAUCUUGAUAACUCAAAAGACAUUUUCAGAAUAUGAGCCCUGAAAUUUUGUUUUUCACAACUAGGAGGGCUCUCCAUUCUGUUAAAAGAAGGUUGCUGAGAUGUUUAUAAUGUUUGGUCUAUAUUAUUUAUGUAAAAAGGGUAGCCAGAAGAACUGAUUGGAGUGAUUGUUAGCAGCCUUUCAGUAUGCUGACCAGUGACUUUUGAUUGAGUUAUAUAGUCAUUUAUGGUUUCAACUGCAGUAUUCCUUUUCAGAUUAAUACAAAAUAAAGCACAGGCAUUACUGUUACUUUACCCUUUCAAAAUCAUUUUGUUUCAGUUUCUUAUGGGGGAAAAAUAACACAUUAACUUUUGCUGUCACAAAGGAAUGUCUUGAAAGGCAGAGUAGUUUUUAGCUUUUUCUCUGAGCCUGGUGCCAAAUGUGUUUCAAGGCAUGCCAAAAGAAAGGGUGCAUUUCGUUAGCUCGAUAACAUUAAGUACCCUUUGAAGUGCAGCACAUUUUUGGAAAACAAAAGAAUUGGCUAUCUCAAAUCACAAUGUAACUUGUGCCCAUCAAAACUGAUUUUUUUUUUAACCUUUCAAAUGUGUGUGUUCUGAGUUUUGCUUUAAUUUGAAUGGAUCUUUGUAGCAUGUAGGUAAGAGGCUGAAGAUAUUGAAGUCCAUUCUACUGGUUUUAUACAUAACAAAUUCUCAUGUUGUCAGUCUUUCUCCUUCAUCCAUGGGAUUUUGCUGCCUUUGAUGGACUUUGACAGUGUUAGUUGUGUAUGUGUGUAAGGUGACAGUUGUGUUUAAUAAAGCAAGCCAGCAACCCCUGCCUUCUAAGUACGACCACUUUUGAAAUGUCAUUUAAAGAAAAGGGAUAUUGCAGAACUUUAAUUUCUGUCUUAAUGCAAUAUUUAUUUUUAUUGGGUGAAUGAUUCCUUUAACUUAACAUUUUAGAGAAAAAAGACAUGAAAUUACAGGAAUAACUGCAGACCAGGAAUUAGCAAGUCUACACUUUAUCACCUUAUGAUGCAGUGCAGUAUGCCAGAUAUUACCAAUAUAAUUACAAAAGGGGGUGGGGGGGGAAACACUUUAUUUUUUCACAGUUAAAAGACGUAGAUUAAUACACAGUGAUCAUGCAUGGGGAGGAGGGAAAUACAAUUUUAUUUACUGUAAAAACAAAUGGAAUUUAAAGGAAGGUUUUGUGUUAAUGUUGAGUUUAAAUAAAUACUUUAUACUGGGACUUGAA